ACCCAACUGAUGAACAUGGAGAAUGUAAGCAGUGUGAAGGAAUUCAUUCUUCUGGGCCUUUCAAAGAACCAAGGGGUGCAGAAAAUAUGUUUUGUGGUGUUUUUGUUCUUCUAUAUGAUUAUUGUGGCAGGAAAUCUGCUCAUCAUUAUCACUGUAAUUAGCAGUCAACGUCUAAACUCCCCCAUGUAUUUCUUCCUCUGCUACCUGUCCAUUGUAGAUAUUUGCUACUCUUCUGUCACAGCUCCCAAGAUGAUUGCUGACUUCCUUGUUGAAAAGAAAACCAUUUCCUUUGUGGGUUGCAUAGCACAGCUAUUUGGGGUACAUUUCUUUGGCUGCACUGAGAUCUUCAUCCUCACAGUGAUGGCCUAUGAUCGCUACAUUGCCAUAUGCAGACCCCUCCACUACACCACCCUCAUGACCAGGCGUGUGUGUGGCUGGAUGGUGAUCAGUUCAUGGGUGGGGGGCUUUGUGCACUCCAUGGUGCAGACCCUCCUAACCAUUAGGCUCCCUUUUUGUGGCCCCAACAAAAUUGACCACUACUUCUGUGAUGUCCACCCCCUACUACAAUUGUCUUGUACCGACACCUAUGUUGUGGGCAUCAUUGUCGUUGCCAAUAGUGGAAUGAUUGCUUUGAGCUGUUUCUUCAUCCUGGUCAUGUCCUACAUUGUCAUCUUGUUUUCCUUGAAAAGGCGAACGUCCGAAGGGCGGCACAAAGCCCUCUCCACCUGUGGGUCCCACAUUACUGUGGUGAUUCUCUUCUUUGGGCCAUGCACAUUCACCUACAUACGUCCAUCCAGCAAUCUUUCAGAGGACAAGAGGGUAGCUGUGUUUUACACUGUUAUCACGCCCAUGCUGAACCCACUCAUCUAUACUCUGAGAAAUGAGGAGGUGAAAAGUGCCAUGAGAAAACUAUGGAAUAGAAAAGUCAGGAGUGAAAAGAGUGAGGUGUAG